AUGAUUGCAGACCCAUUCAAGCCUGCUAAGCGGGUGGCAGGCCAGCGGCAAGAUGUUUGGAGUAUCGUGAACGAGGCGGCUCAAGCCUCGCCAGUGCAACCCAUCGUCAAUAUGGGACAAGGAUUUUUCGGUUAUAACCCACCGGAGUUCGUGUUAGAUGCUGCAAGAGAUGCUCUCAGUAAAGUAGACUGCAACCAGUACUCGCCAACCAAGGGUCGUCCACGGUUAAAGAAGGCAAUCGCAGACGCAUACUCGCCUUUCUUCGGACAUAAUAUCGAUCCGGAGAAGGAAGUGACCAUCACCACUGGAGCCAACGAAGGCAUGCUAUCCGCUUUCAUGGGCUUCCUCGAGCAAGGGGACGAAGUCAUCGUCUUUGAGCCCUUCUUUGAUCAGUACAUCAGCAACAUCGAGAUGCCUGGUGGUAAGGUGGUAUAUGUCCCUUUGCACCCGCCCAAAGAUGGCGCAAUGAAGACCACGUCCGCCGGAGAUUGGACGCUUAACAUGAAGGAGCUUGAGGCUGCAAUCACUGACCGCACUCGCAUGAUCGUAAUCAACAGCCCGCAUAACCCUAUCGGCAAGGUCUUCACCAAGAGCGAGCUGCAGGCGAUUGGCGACCUGUGCGUCAAGCACAACAUUAUCAUUCUCUCCGACGAAGUAUAUGAUCGGCUAUAUUACGUUCCCUUCACUCGCGUAGCCACACUGUCCCCCGAGGUGGCCAAACUCACCCUUACCGUCGGUAGUGGAGGGAAGAACUUCUACUGCACAGGGUGGCGUGUAGGCUGGCUUAUUGGACCCGAGCAUCUCAUCAAGUACGUCAGCGCUGCUCAUACCCGGAUAUGCUACAGUUCCGUUUCCCCUCUACAAGAAGCCACAGCCGUUGCAUUCGAGCAAGCCGACGCUCACGACUUCUGGGAGCAGUCCAAGGCUGAGAUGAAAGGCAAGAUGGAUCGCUUCAACCAGAUAUGGGACGAAUUAGGCUUACCGUACUCUGAUCCUCAAGGCGGCUAUUUCGUGCUUGUUAACCUUGCAAAAGUCAGGUUACCGGAGGACUAUAACUUCCCACCCCACGUAGCAAACAGGCCAAGAGACUUCAAGCUGAGCUGGUUUUGUAUCAAGGAGCUGGGCGUCGCGGCCAUCCCGCCGACUGAGUUCUUCACAGAUGCAAACGCACACAUUGUGGAGGACUGGCUACGGUUUGCGGUUUGCAAGGACGACGAGGUUCUGGAACGCGCGAAGGAGAGGCUGAGGGGUUUGAAGAAGUACAUCCAAUGA